UGCAAAGAGAAUAAUAAGCCCAUAUAGUCUCCUUCCUUCCAAUCGAUCGAUCUCCCCACUCUCGUGUGCUUUGACAAUACAAUAGCGUGGAACAAAAAGGACCAAACCUUUUACUUCAUUCCUUUCCAUUACCUUCUCCAAGAUUUCCGUACUCUCUCUCUCUCUCUGUGUAUCUUUUGCCAUCGCGAUCCGAGGGUUGAGAGUUGAGACUUACUGAUGCCGUCCCGCCCUCCGCCAGUGGAAGAGCUGGGGCUCCGUCGGAUUCAGCACCACCGCCAACCCAUUCCGAUACCGGCUAUCGCAGGCAAGGCCGCCGUCCUGGCCGCGGUCCUCGCCGUGGCCGUGGCCUUGAUCUUCUACCGCCGCCUCGCCCGCGGAGGCGGCGGCACCCACCCCGCUGCCUCCACCCUCGCCAGCCCCCUCCGUCGGUUCACCUACCGCCAGCUUCGUCGAGCCACCGCGUCCUUCGCGCCUUCCCACCUCCUCGGCCAGGGCGGCUUCGGCCCCGUGUACCGCGGCGCCCUCCCCUCCGGCGAGGAAGUUGCCGUCAAACUCAUGAACUCAUGCGGCUCCCUCCAGGGCGAGCGCGAGUUCCAAAACGAGCUCGCCCUCGCCGCCAAGAUCCUUCCCGUGACCUCCUCCGCAGCCGUCGCCGUCGUUCCGGCUCUUGGCUACUGCUACGAUGACGGCAGUCGCCGCCGGCUUUGGUGGAGGUGGUGGAGACGGCGGGAGGUGGAGGACUCGCUGGAGGUCUCGGAAGCCGCCGCCACCCACGCGCCUGCGCCCGGUAGGAAGCUCCUCUUGGUUUACGAGCUGAUGCACAACGGGAGCCUCCAGGAUGCGCUAUUAGACCGUCGGUCCCCGGAGCUGCUGGACUGGGCGCGGAGGUUCGCCUUGGUGAUCGACGUCGCCUGUGGCCUCAACUUCCUCCACGCCGUCUGCGAUCCGCCCGUGAUACACGGUGACAUCAAGCCCAGCAACAUCCUCCUCGACGCUCACCUCUCGGCCAAGAUCUCCGACUUCGGCCUCGCCCGUCUUGUAUCCAACGUUCCCGUGGACCAUCUCCCUGCCGAGGCGGAGGUGGUCGUCGAUAUCGAUCUCGACAAGUGCGUGGUGAACGGUUCCAAGAAGUCAAGAAAUGAGAGGAUGAAAGAUUCGGUGGUCGGAGACGGAGAGGACGAUGCCUCGGCCGUGGCCAUGGAAGAGAUGCCAGAGAGCAUGGCACCAACUACGAUUCUGUUCGAAGAAGCGAUGAACGGGGGAGCUACCGGCAUCGCUGCCACCGACAGGUCAGCGGAAGAAGAUGAGGGAGGCACGGUGGCGUCACCAGUGACCGUCUUGGAAGUGGCCUCCGCUUCGGAGGCUGGAGCAGGCGUCGAUGGAGCGAGCGUCGACAGCGGGAAGGACGCAUCGCUGUCCGGUCGACGAAGGGGGGGCGGGAAGGACAAGGCCGAGCCCUCGUCCGGCAAAAGCUGGUGGUGGAGGCAGGACAUCAGCGGCGAGGGACCGAACUCGGAGACGGGGGGCAGCGUCAAGGACUACGUUAUGGAAUGGAUUCGAUCAGAGGUCAAGAAAGAUAGGCCCAGGAGCGAUUGGAUGACCGCCUCUCCGGGCACCGCUGCCGAGGAAUGCUUGCCGAAACCCUCGAACGGUGGGAGACCACAGCCAAAGAAGACCCAUCCCAAGACAGAGUGGCGGGCUUCGUUGGACGAGGAGAGCCUGCAGAAGAAAGAGAAGAGCCGGCCCGCCAGGGAAUGGUGGCGGGAGGAGUUCUGCGAGGAGCUGACGCAGAAACAUAAGUGGCGGGCAAUGGCCAAGUCCCAGAGCAGCGACGGUGGACGUGGAGAGCAAAAAUGGUGGCAGGACGAUGAGGACUACUCCGACUUUGCUUCACCUUCGGAGAAGAAGAAGAGGUGGAAGAAGAAAAAGAACUCCAGCCGCGGCAGCCGUAGCAGCAUGGAUUGGUGGAUAGAUCGUAUUACCGGAGAGAUCAGAACUGGUGGAAGGAGAAGCAGCCUGGAGUGGGCUAGUGGGGAUAUCCCAAGAAGUGGAACGGUGAGUAGCACACCAAGCAUGAGGGGCACUGUUUGCUAUGUGGCUCCUGAGUAUGGCAGCGGUGGGCUGCUCUCGGAGAAGUGUGACAUUUAUAGCUUUGGUGUUCUUCUGUUGGUCAUCAUCUCAGGGAGGAGACCGCUGCAAGUGACGGCCUCUCCCAUGUCGGAGUUUGAGCGAGCAAACCUCAUCUCAUGGGCACGGCAUGCUGCCCAUUCAGGGAAGCUACUGGAUCUUGUUGACCCCUGCCUCCAGUGUGUUGACAAAGACCAGGCCCUUCUCUGCAUCAGAGUUGCGCUUCUGUGUCUGCAGUGGUCUCCGGCCCGCCGCCCGUCUAGUAAGGAAAUAUUAAGCAUGCUCACUGGGGAGUCGAAGCCUCCGCACCUCCCGCCUGAGUUCUCACCAUCACCACCAGGUGGAUUCUCAUUCAGGUCACGGAAAAAGGCUCGGUAAGUUGAAUCUGACCUUCCUUCGCAUCACGGUUGGUUAGUUUACUAUUGAUCGUUCAUCAGUUUAAAUUCUUGUUUCCACAUUGUUGGAUGUAGAGUAGUUUGGAGAUAAGGUUAUGAUCCAAUUGCUAAAAGAUUGAUUCACAAAAUUGAAAUUUUGAGUCAAGGGAGAUUGCAAU